CCAAUAUUUUCUGAGGAUCGAAUAUUUUGAUUAGGAAGUAUCUAUCGUCGCGUUUGAAAUGAAGAAAAUCAUUUUUGUUCUGUUUUGUUCCUUCUUUCAUCUCGAUCACUGUGCUAAGAAACCAAAGUGUUCAUCUACGAUUGAUUUCAACGUUUUCAGAGAUGAGACUUACGGACUCGCACAAAUAACCCUUCCCCGCGUUGGCAGCUCUUCCUGGAACUUUUGUAUACUAUUCGAUGAUAAUACCGAGAAUCAAUUGAAUCUAAAGCUAUCCGAGGGAAUCUUGGCAAAUAUUCAUACUCCUGUGUGGUUCGCCAACGGGUCACCGCGUAACAAGAAAGUCUCCUACAAACUCUAUGAGAAAAAUUUGACGGAGUUGGGAAAGUUCGACUUUUAUCAAGAUCAUAGCAAAAGAUCUGCGAUAGUCGUGUUUCACGAUCUGAAGAGAAUUGAAGGGUUCGUUGGAUAUUACAAAUUUCAAGUUCGUAAGGACGGGCCGCCCGGCAAUAAAGUGAUGGAAUAUAUAUUAAAGGAUCCGAAGCCGAAAAAAUUAGCGUCUCUAUUCAGAACCAACCAGCGAUCGAUUAAAAAAAAGUCUGCGGCUAAAAUUCGAACUUUACAAGAUUUAUUUGCAAGAGUGAAGAGUUCUCCACGUGGCUCAGAGGCUACUUUUGAGGAUACUUCUGUUUAUCCUCAACUUUUGGUUCAAGUUGCUGUGUCACGCAAUUGGACCGAAGCGGUAAUUCAAAUGCUGGCCUACUGGAACGCAGUCGAUAUGUUGUUCAGAGUAAUCGAUAAACCUGCGGUAAAAAUUAACAUAGCGGGAUUUAUUGUGCCUCAGAAUAAUUUCACUACAGCGUGGAUCGAAAACGCUAAAAUUCGCGAUGCAAAGACUGGAGUUGACAAGAUAAUUAUAGAUCGUAACAAAGCCCUUGCCGCACAAGGAGCGCAUUUUACUCGAAUAUCAAAAAUCUUUGAUUCACGUAAAUUUGACUUCAUGUUCGCUUUCUACAAUUUGGGACCUGGAGAGACAGCGAAUUGGGUGGGUGCAGCAUAUAGGGGGCCUUGCCACAGUAGGAUGUUCCAAGUUGCGACAAUCAAGAAUAAGAUAAAUAACUACAUAGCCGGCGCUCAUGAACUUGGACAUUUAUUGAAUGCUACUCAUGAUAUUGUCUACCCAAUGUGUAAAGAAAGUCACGCAAUUAUGAGCGUCUCAGCAGCGGAUGGGGACAAUGCCAAUCUUCUGUGGUCGGAAUGCACCACAGACGCUAUUAGCGCAUUUUUCAAGAAUCCAGUUAACUUCAAGUGCUUGCGAAAUUGUCCCGAGACAAAACCGACUUGUUCCCAAUUCCCAAUCCCCCAGAAGAGAGUAAAUAAAGUUAUUCAAAAUCAGCCCAAGUCGGCUGGUGAAAGUAGGGAUACUCGGACGGCACUCGGCCCGUGGAACAUUCUUGACAGGUUGAAGCGGCGCUCCUGAGAAACAUCAUGAAGAACUCAACCUUGAGUUGUAUUCAAUCAAUCGGUCCACGAUCGACAGCCACGAUUUUCUCAAAAUUGGCACCCAAGUUUCGUCCUAAUAAUUAAUUACACGAAUCAUAAACUAAUGAAGGGCUAAAGGAACCUAA